GCAAAUUCUUCUUAAUACAAUUUUGAUAAUGUUAAACCACCACCAACUGGUUAUGCUCCAUUAUAAUCCCGUAGAGGUCCCACAGCAUCAAAAUAAUAAUAAUCAACUGAAAAUCGUCCAAUGACAUCAUUAAAAGGAGUAGGUUAUGGUAAAGCCUAAAAAGGUGAUGCAUUUUACGAGACAAAGAUGAAAUUAGAAUUAAACAAGAAGCCAGAAGCAACUCCAGAAGAAAAUUUCAAGGCUGCUGAAAAAGAAAUAAAUGCAUUAGUAGAAAAAUCUGCUUUAGCAAAUUUAAAAGGAAACUCAAGUGAAGCAUUAGAAAAAGCAAAGGAAGCUUAUAAUAAAGAAAAAAAUCUCAGAAGAUAAAAGGAAAACGCGAAUUAAAUAGAAGGCAUAAACAUGGAUUUAAGUUUUACUGUAUAAUUUAAUUUAGCUAAUUAAUUAUAAGCUAAUGGAAUAUAUUAGGAAGCUUUAUAAAAGUAUAAUGAUAUUAUCAAAAGUAAAUAAUUUCCUCAAGCAGGAAAACUAAGAGUAAAUAUGGGCAAUAUUUAUUUUGCUUAAGAGAAAUAUUCAGUAGCAAUCAAAAUGUAUAGAAUGGCACAUGAUUUAAUUCCUCCUACUUCUAAAGAAAUGAGAUUUAAAAUACUGAAAAAUAUAGGACAUUCUUUUGUAAAAUUAGGAUAAUUUGAAGAAGCAAUCAAUACUUAUGAAUCUAUUAUGAAAGGAAGUCCUGAUUUUUCCACAUCAUUUAAUCUUUUAUUAUGUUUAUAUGGUUAAGGAGAUAAAAUAAGAAUGAAAGAUUGUUUUGCUUCCAUGUUAAGUAUAGAAAUAGAAGGAUAUACAGAAGAAGAAGAAGAAGAUAUAAAUAAUUAAGAAACUGCUUAUACUGAUUUGUUAAGGGAUGAAAUAAAAGAAAAAAAACGACAAGCUAUAGAAAUAUUAGUAAAAAGUGCAAAAUUAAUAGCUCCAGUAAUUGAAGAGGAUAUUAUCGAUGGAUAUAAUUGGAUUAUAGAAACUUUAAAAACAUCAAAUUUUCCUGAAGUAGAAGCCGAAGUAGAGAUAUCUAAAGCUAUGGCCUUUUUAAAGUCCAAGAAUAUGGAGAAAUCAAUUGAAACAUUAAAAUCUUUUGAAAGAAAAGAUAAAAUAAUGAUGGGAAGAGUAGCUACUAACAUAUCUUUUCUAUAUUUUCUUGAAAGAGACUUCAAAAAUGCAGAAAAAUAUGCUGAUAUAGCUAUUACUUUUGAUCGUUUUAACCCCAAAGCACUUGUAAACCGAGGAAAUUGCAUGUUUGUAAAAAAUGAGUUCCUGAGAGCUAAAGAGUAAUUCCUAGAAGCUAUAGGAGUAGAGGCUGAUUGCAUUGAAGCUUUAUAUAAUUUGGCUUUUGCUCUGGAAAAACUUUAAACUAUAAUUUCUACUCCAGAAGUUGUUUAUUAAAUGGCCUCAAUUCACGAAUUAAUGGGAAAUACUAAAUAAGCUUUAAAAUGGUAUUAAGUCCUUUUAACUAAAGUUCCAACUGAUCCCAAUAUAUUAGCUCGUGUGGGUAAUGUAUUCGCCAGAGAAGAUGAUGAUAAUUAAGCUUUACAUUAUUAUUCUGAAUCAUAUAAAUAUUUACCGACUAAUAUUGAAACUAUUGGCUGGUUAGGUAUUUAUUAUGUAAAAUAAGAACUUUAUGAAAGAGCUUGUCAUUUCUUUGAAAGAGCUUCCCAAAUAUAAUCUAAAGAAAUUAAAUGGAGAUUAAUGGUAGCUUCUUGUUAUCGUAGAAUGUCUUCUCUUUAAAAAGCAUUAAAAAUUUAUGAAGAAAUAUAUUAGGAAGAACCGAGAAAUAUAGAAUGCUUGAAAUUUUUAACUUAACUUUGUAAAGAAAUGUAAUUACCUUAUGAAUAAUACGCUUCUGAAUUAAGAAAGUUGGAAGCAGAAGAUUAUGCUGUUGAUUAUAAUGCUAUGUAAGAGCAAUAAGAAUAUGAAAAUCAAUAUAAUUAAGGAUAGCAAUAAUAUGCAAGAGUUAAUGAAAACGCAGAAAUAGAUGUUACAUAAAAUACAAGGAGGGUUGUCAAUUAAAAAGGCGCGUAACCUCAAUAAAUUCAAAAUAAUGAAGACGAUUGGAAUGCUGAUGAUUUAGGAGAUGAUUUAAUGCCUGUCUGA